CUUACCAAUAACAAUCAAAAUUUCAGUAAAUAUGAUUUUCACCACGUUCUCCCGAUUACUAACAAAAUUCCUCACCGCCAAGCCACCGCUAACCGCCAGCAGGCAGCACUCGCUCCUGAGGGACCGAUCUCGCUACAAAUUCUCCAAGUACAUCAUCCUGAAAGCGACCAAAGACGAUUACGACUCGGUGCUGAAAGUCAUGCACGAGUGUUUCUACGACAGCGAGCCGACCUGCUACGCGCUCGGAAUCAAGCCCAACGCCAUCAUAGACGAAACGGCGCUGAAGAACAUGGCGGAGGGGAAGACGCUGAUAGCGAAAUGCAAGUUCAGCGGAUCGAUCGUGGGCGCCGCCAUCAACGAGACCUCCAACCCGUGGGAUCCCGAUCAGAAGGAGAAGCUGGCGAACCACAUCAACUGCCCGAAGAUCAAGCAGUGGCUGUUGUUCCAGGCGUACGCCCAACGGUACCCGCAGCUGUGGGGCCGGUACAACGUCGACAAGGUGUUCGAAUCGUCGAAUAUAUUCGUGAGGAAGAGCGACCAGAGCGACGAGAUCCUGCUGAGGCUGUUGGAGGAGUCGAAGACGUUGGCCUUCGAGUGCGGCUUCAAGAUAUUCAGGGUGAACGCGACCAAGAGAGAUGUUUGGGAGUCGUGCGAAAAGGCGGACAUGAAGCUUACGGCUGAAAUACCUUAUUGCUCUUAUAUAGGGCGAAAUAUGAAGCCGGUUUUUGUAACACCACCACCAAAUAAAUGUUUAAAGGUAUACGUUAAUGUUAUGGCAGAUAAUUUUGGUUGUACAUAAGUUGCAUACAAAAAUUCUGUUUGCCUAG